AUGGCGGCUUCCAUCUCGGGCUACACGUUCAGUUCUGUCUGCUAUUACAGCGCCAACAGCAGUGCUGACCACGAAGGAUUUCUGUUAGGAGAGGUGAGGCAGGAGGAGACCUUUAGCAUCAGCGAUUCACAGAUCAGCAACACUGAAUUUCUACAAGUGAUUGAAAUCCAUAACCAUGAGCCUUGUUCAAAACUCUUUAGCUUUUAUGACUAUGCAGGCAAGGUUAAUGAGGAGAGUUUGGACAGGAUUCUUAAAGACCGAAGAAAAAACGUUAUUGGAUGGUACAGAUUUAGGAGAAACACUCAGCAGCAAAUGUCAUACAGAGAACACAUCAUUCACAAACAGCUGACACACAUCCUUGGAGUGCCUGAUCUUGUCUUUCUUCUCUUCAGCUUCAUUUCCACUGCAAAUAACUCCACACAUGCUUUAGAAUAUGUGCUUUUUAGACCAAACCGAAGGUAUAAUCAAAGGGUGUCGCUUACUAUUCCCAAUCUAGGCAACACUAGUCAACAGGAGUACAAAGUUUCUUCAGUGCCAAAUACUUCUCAGAAUUAUGCCAAAGUUAUUAAGGAACAUGGUACUGAUUUUUUUGACAAAGAUGGAGUGAUGAAGGACAUCAGGGCUAUAUAUCAGGUUUACAAUGCACUUCAGGAAAAAGUACAGGCAGUAUGUAUAGAUGUAGAAAAAAGUGAACGUAUUGUUGAAUCUUUUCAAGCUGAUGUAAACAAGUUAAGGCGGCAAAUCGCACAAAAGAAAAGUGAGAAAGAGCAAGAAAUCAGAAUGCAGCAGGCAGUUUUAAGCAGGCAGAUGCCAACAGAUAACUUGGAACCUAUGUUUGUUCCACGAAUGUCCUACACUGGGUUUGCUGUGGAAGGCUGCACGCUUGAAGAUUCAGAUGUCUCUGAUCCUCCCCCUCCCUAUUCUGAUUUCAAUGCAACCAGUCAAGAAAGUACUGUUGGUCACAGUCUCCUGGAAAGCAACGUUUUUAUGCCUCGACCUCAAGCAGUAGGUUCUUCCAGUUAUGUUUCCACAAACAUAGGAUUGAAAUAUUCUGGUAAUGGAGCAUCCAUGCCAUCUUCCCAAAGAGCAGUUGGUGACAAUGUUGACGAAUCAGAAGACAGUGAUUAUGAAAACUUACUUGAACCUACAGAGUCAUCUGACAGUGAAUACUCACAGACAAGGGAUUCACGACCUUCAGCACAUCCUGAUGGAGAUUCCAGGAACACACAAACUUCUCAGAUUUGA